AUGCUUGAAAAGUUGAUCAAUCCAAGUAGUAGGGGAAUUGAAAAUAAACAUAUCAGCUUAUUAAGAAAAGAUAUUGCAAUGUUUCUAGAUCAUUCAGGUACAUCUGAUCGAGCUAUUAAUUCCUUAUCUAAUAUGCAAUUAAGUUCUACAUCAAGAGAAAAUCAGC